UACCUCCAUCCAAACAUGUAAGCCGUUACGGAUGGAUUGGGUUGUUGCGUCACUGUCGAAAAGAGAAGCCUGUCUGAGUGAACCCCAAAUGCAAAUGACGUGGAGCUUCAUUUGGCUCCUCACAACACACCGCACAAAAUCGCUAUACAUUCUGAGUUUUUGUUGGUUGUUGGCAUUCAAAGGGCCACACCUUCACCUUGUGGCUCUCAUUCCAUCCCUCUCUUUUUCUCCCUUCCUUCACUCCUCAGUCCUCACUCUCUUCAUGCGCCGUCGCACGCUAUAAUUCUUCCUCCAAAUUGAGAUAUUUAAAGUGAAAUGAAGGCCAGGCCUAUCUCAUUCUUCUCUUGACCUUUCUGAUGGCACUUGCUGCAAACAAAGUUUCAAGCAGUCCUAUUGUAACUAAUAGAACAGCUAUUUGUAGAUCACAUGAAAAACAUUAUUUUUCUUUGUCAAGAAGGAUCAAUAGAAUACAGUUGUCAAGACAGAGACUGGAACAUGGACAUCUGAACCAUAGAUUUCUCCACACACAGAGAUCAACCUUAUCCAAUGACUGGUUUUGGUUCGAUAAUGGAAAACCAGUUGGUUUGAUCUCCAAGAAAUCUUCUAUCUCAUGUAAAUCAACAGGAGCAAAUAAUACCGAAGAGAAAGAAUGUAUUACAUCUUAUGAUGAUGUUUCUGAUUUAACAAGGGCAAAUGCCAAAGACGAGAAAAAUGAUCACAUUCUUGUUGUUCAUGGCUUGGCUGAUGCUUGUAGAUUUGUUUGUAAUGAUGCAAAGUUUCUCUCACGUGGCAUAAUGAGGCUGGAUGCUCGUGCUCGCCAAGAUGUUGCUUUUCUUGGGACUGAAUUUCUCAAACUUGAUGCUCGGGCAAGAGAGGAUACUGAGAAAAUUGACCGUGAUGUCAAGGAAAAAGCUAGCUGGCUUAAUCGUAUUGCUACUAUAUUGAAGGAUAAAGCUAAGUCCAGAUUGAAAAAUGCUGCUGAUGAGCAUUGGAGUGAUGGGGCCUUAGAGGCUGAUUUACGUCUUGCUGACUUUCGUGCUAAGCAACGUGCAAUGGAAGAUGCCCUUAUGGCCUUGGAGCUUAUCAAAAACAUCCAUGACAUGAUGGUGAGCAAGAUGUAUAACUUUCCUCUUCGCAGAGAUAAAGGAUCUCUUUCAGAAAAUAAUGUAAGAGGUCGAAUAAUGCUUGAAAAGAAUGGAAAAACCACAAAUUCCUUUCCUGGGGAUGUGAGCACAGAAAGGAUAGCUGCUCUUCAGGAAGCUUACUGGAGUAUGGCAUCAGCACUUUCUGAAGCAGAUGGAAUCGAUUACACUGAUCCUGAAGAGCUUGAGUUGUUGAUCAGAACACUUAUAGAUCUGGAUGCAAUGGAUGGUAAACUAAGUGUAUCUUUGUUGGCAGAGUGUUCUAGUUCCCCUGAUGUCAGCACAAGGCGAGCUUUAGCCAAUGCACUGGCGGCAGCACCAUCCAUGUGGACUCUUGGAAAUGCAGGGAUGGGGGCAUUACAGAGACUGGCAGAGGAUAGCAACCAAGCCAUUGCUGCUGCGGCAUCCAAAGCCAUUUAUGAACUGAAAAAACAAUGGGAAAUAGAGGAAGGCGAUAGCUGGAGGUUUAUGAUGGACGAAAACACCAUGGAACAAAAAGGAAGCAGAGAAUCUGAUAAUGAAGAUACCAAAUGAGAAAUAUUUGAAACAUUUGUACUGUAUAGCAUAGUUGCCUCCCAAGUAUACUAACUAGUAUAGGAUUAACCCACGCAAUCCCUAGAAAGAAACUAUUGUGCCAGUGUAAGAAGCCAAUAUGUUGGUUAUGUGCAUCAUAAAAUGCAGAGCUUUCCUCACAUAUUCAUUAAAUCAUAGAUGCACAUUUGUGCUUAUAUUUGUUUGUAUGAAAGACCGAUGCGAACUCAAUGCUCAAUUGCUCUUUUAUCUGCGACAGCACUGAAGUUGGGCCGUUUAUUGUUCUACUUUAUAUGAUGGAGGCAUUUUAAAUGCUUCAUACAAGGACCACUAGGGUUAGCCUAGUAAUUAGGUGAGGAGGGGUUGGGAUAGUUAAAACAUGAAGACCUAGGUUUAAUCUUCAUUACAACUAUCUUUGUAAUCUUUCCUAUUUUUACAAAAAAAAAAAAAAUGUUUCAUACAUGCCGCUUGUAGGUAGUAGAAUCAACUAUCAAGGUUGUUUAAGCAUUUGCAUA